AUGGAAGAAGUAGCGGUCUUCCGUGCAACCAAACGAAGGAAAACUGCACGACCACACCGUGAGGCUUCACUCGAGUCCGCGCCUCCAGCGACAUCGACAUCCUCUGGAAUCGAAAACGCAAAAUAUGUGGCACCAGUACUCGAAGAGCGGAAUGUCGGCAAUGGCGAUGGCGAUGACGAAGUCGAGGUGACGAACUUGAUCCGCGCGCGGAAAACCCAUCGGAAACAUGUUGCAGGCGUGCGUUUCUCGAACACCAAGAGUCUGCCGGAAAAUGAGGCCCGGAACACUGAAUCUCCAAUAAUCAGGACCGAUCAGCCUCCAGAAAAACCCAUGGACAUCACCAGCCGCUUUGUCAGCAGUACAGGGCAGGUCGUCAAUGUCGAUCGACAUAUGGUUGACUUCGUAGACUCCGAAUUGGCUAGAAGACGAUAUCAAACUGGUAGUUCCGAUACUCCGCAACCUCUUCCUCAACAAGCCACGGGUAUGUUGCCAGCACCAGAAGCGCCCGGGUCGGAGGGUCCGAAAACAGCCGCCCAAGCUGAUCCAGCCACCAACCAUCAGCUGGCCGAGAUCGACCUGGGUUCCUCUGCCCAAGAACGAAAUCUGGCACGUACUCAACUAGCACUGGAACGAGCCAGACUAGGCCUCCCUCCUCUAGACGAAGAAUCUAAACCACAGAAGCCGCGUAAGCCACGACUAGGUCGUGACGGCAAACCAAUGAGACCGCGGCCACGCAAAGGGAGGAAUAGCGAGGACAUUGCUCGUGACGCCCUUGUUGAGCAACUUAUGCGCGAGAACAAACUUGGCCUCUACGAUGCGGAUCAAUUAGUGCAACAGCGACAAGCCGCAGCCGAAGAUGCCGAAGAGGAAUCAGACGGUAGUGAUGCUGAUGAACGCUUGGCCGAGCAGUUCCGACAGGAUUUUCUGGAUGCAAUGGCAGAGAGACAAAAGAGCAAGCCCGCAAGUCAAGCCAAGGGACCGGCUGGUGCCGCUGCAGAAGCCAAAGGACCGAAAUUGGGCGGCAGCAGAAGUGCAAGAGCAAAGAUGGCGCAGACUCAGCAACAACAAGCUUCAGGUCCAGGCAAGAAAUAG